AUGAAGGCCAACAUCCUUCUCGCAUUCUCCCUGCCGCUCGGGCUGGUCCUAACCUAUCCCAAAGGCCACGAGGCUCUCACGUCAACCAAGAGUUCUUACUCCCCGACUUAUCUCCAAGUGAUCCCCAUCACUGAUAAACCUGAACCAUCUCACAACACCUCACCAACCACAGCCUCCAGCCAUACAACAGCAUCAUCCAUCAUCAUCCCAGCCAUCCCGAACCAUUCUCCGUCAUCCCCAAUAAGCAGCAUCUCCACACCAUCCCCAUUCCCCUUGUUUGUUAAUGCUUCCUCCAACUUACUGCCAUGCCACGGCCCGGUCAACGGCGGCAAGCCGGAAGGUUCAUCAGCAUACUGUGCCCAGACAAGGCAGGUUACAUACUAUAAUCUUAGUGCUUUGCCUGGGACACGGUAUCUGGAUGUGAAGGGGGUGGAUGAGACCACGGGGAAGUGCACGUUAGUUAAUCGGACGGUGGAGGGAUUGUUGGGGCCUUUUGAUGAGCCGAUGGCUCUCUACUUCCGUGGCCCCAUUAACCUGAAGCAAAUCGCGGUGUACACCACACCUGGUCGAGCUCAUCAAGACAGGUCGUACCCUGAGAGCUCUCAAAGCUCUAAAGAUGGUCUGGGAGAUGGAGAUACCGUCACCGAUGAUAGUUUUGAUACAGAUGACCAAGACGAUAAACUAGAGGAGAGAGAAAAAGGGCUUGAGAGGCGGGACCCCCUUGAGACUACAACUGCUUUUGUCACCGUGACUAGCGGCAUUGUUACCGUGACAGAGAAGGUGCUUCCAACAUUAUCAUCGACCGUCACAGCGCCAAUAAUAGUUACAAGCACGGUUUUGACAACUGUCAUAGUGGGAGGAACUUCAGAUGGCUCCAUCUUAUUAUCCCCUGCCAAGUCAACAGUCUUUGUCACCGUCACAGAGACCACGGCUGGUUUUACAACUUUUGUGUAUCCUUCCAUGUCGACGGUGACGGGUUUAACCACGAGGACAACAACUGUCACCAUUUUCAGCACCAUUGAUACGCUCGGAGUAUCUUCUCCAGACCCAAUCACAAGCACUUUGGCAUUGGAUCCAAUCACUGAAGAUGGUGGCCUCUAUGAAGGGACAAUAAGCAUCGAAUCCAGCUUUGGCAUAACUACGAGCAUAUCAAGCACAAUACAGACACAAACAACAUCACUCAGCACCAGCAUCCCAUCAUCAUCCCCAGACCCCUCAGACACUCUCCACCAAGGCGUCAUCCGCCAAGCCUACUACAACGCCGCACAACAAAAGGCCCAAGGCCUGGUCUUCUUCGGAAAGUAUGGCUCCUCAGGAUCAACCAAUAAAUUCGGCUCUUCCCUGUCCUACCUCAACGCAACUGGCACAGGCAGCGCAUCCAACACAACAGUGCUUGCUGAUACAAUCAUACCGUCUUCCUUUGAUGGGUACAUCAUGAGUGACAUGCCAUGCCAGGGGGCAAGCUAAGGCUUCCCCACCCCCGUCCAAAGCACAACCCUCUACCUGCUCGAGUUUUCCCUUCCCCACGACAACACCACCACUCCCAAAACCUUCCAAGGCGGCGCCACACUUCUCAACAACCCCACUCUAACCCUCCUCAACGCCCGCAUCCCCCUCACCACUUCUUCCUCCCCCGGGAGCCCCUCUUGUUCCUGCUGGUCAACAGGCUGCGGCCUGCUCAACAUCCUUUCCUUCCUUGCGCCAGACUAUACCCGCGCGGUCAGUUCACUGCAGGCAUCUUCUCUCCAGCUCAACACCCGCUCUUCUUCUUCGCCUACCAACCGAACCUCCCAUAAGGGGGGGAAUGAUCCCUCCCAGGGCCCGCUGUCUGCAACGGUCGGCAGCAAGAUGAACGUUCAGCACCGAGUCUUGGACUGGCUCCCUAGGCCAGCAGACAUAGCCAAGCCGGGCAGGCUGGCAGUGAUUGUAGAUAACGGCGGGGUUGUUUGGGGAGAUGGGACGAUUACCAUUCGCUGGUUGGACGAGAGUGCAGCAUUUGGGAGGGGGGAAUUCCCGGGGUACAUGACGGCGGAGGAGGUGAAGGGGUUGAUGGGGGUGUGA